AUGCGAUUGCUGACUAAUCAAGCGUCUGAUUUGAUGUAUGAGGGUCAUGCUGGAACUACUGCUGGUCAUCUCUAUCAAUCCCUCAAAUCAUGUCCAGAUUUUUCUUGGCACAACCACAAUCAAAUUGAAAUAUCCCCACGUGUGAGACCCGUCAAAAGUUUUUUAAUUGCUCUUGCCAGCUCAUUCAUGGUAGAGCGUGUAGUUAGUGCAGUGACCGCACUUUUACAUGUCAAGAGAGAUUCCCUUGACAGUGUCAGACGAGACUCAAGACUGUUUUUAACUGAAAUGAAGCCAGAUAAUAUCAACCUUAUUCUCCAAGGAUUGCUGUCGGCUUCAUUUUUGGUUAUUGUUAGCUGUGUGAAAAAAAAAUGUGUGGACGAGCGAGCUUGGUGCCCGAGCAUUGCUAAGCAUUGUCAAUCAUUAAAGUCUGCUUUACAUUUUAAAACUAAGUGCUUCAAAACAUGCUGGAAUUGUACAGAACCACACUGUGGAGUUUGCGAACAAGGAUGUACGAAGAACGAAAGCACGGGUGUUGUUACUUGCUCGUGUCGGGAUGGAUUUCUACUUGCUCCAAAUGGAAAAUCCUGCAAUGACGUAAAUGAGUGUAUUACGUCCCCAUGCAAAGUCGGCAAAAAGUGCAGAAAUACUGUAGGUGGGUUUGAAUGUUCAACUGCAAAGUCCUGCCAGGAUAUCCCAAAUCAUUCCGCUAAUAUGUACAAGCUUGAUGAAUGCUGUGAAGUAACGGGAGACAAAUGCGGAAAAGACGGUUGGACACGAUACAAUGGUUCCAUGCCAAGAAGACUUAUUAAUAAAUGGCCAUGGAUUGCGUCACUUCACGUCGGGAAAAAGCUAAAAUGUACAGGCGUUAUCAUCAAUGAUAGAUGGGUCGCUAUUCCUUCAGGUUGCACAUCGUCAGUAAUGUAUAAGGAAAAACCAAAACUAGAUCAAUUGCGAAUUGGUGCUGGAUUACUCGGAUCUAUUUCUACACCGCAAUAUGCUGAGCGAAAAGUGACAAAAAUACAGAUCAUUGCUACACGUCAAUACUGGGAGUCUGUUGAUAUAAUGCAGCUUAAUGAAAGUUUGCCAUUCUCGCGCGAUUUCAUUCACCCAAUCUGUUUGUCCAACGAAGAAACACCGGUAAUUGGAGAAACUUGUGUGGCUCUAGGAUUUGUACAACAAAAGUCAUUUGAUGGAGUUUACGAUUCGUUGGCAGAGUUACCACUGAAAAUUACAAACAAUUCAAACUGCUUACAUCACGUCGGGAUUAACGACGAUAAAGGCACAAUUUGCGCGGGGAAUCCAAAUAUGGAUUAUAAAAGUUGCUUAGGAAACAGCGGAGGAUUUUUGGUAUGUCAGCGGAAGAACAGUUGCAAUUGGUAUCUGGCUGGUGUCAAAAUUAAAGGAAAAGCUUGUGCUGGCCCACGAGAAGAUUUUACCAAAUUUUUCAAAAUGGGAAUAUUCGAGUCGGGGAUUGGAUUUUACAUGAAAUUAUAUGAGGAAUAAAGAAAUCCCACCCCAAUCUAGUAAUAAUAUAUAGCAGCCGUCAAAAAUAUUAAAAUAGGGAUUUUUAAUAUUUGGCCAGUAACUAAUUAUUUGUUUGGUAUAACAAAGAUUUCGACAGAUUAACUAAAACUUUCAUUGAACUAUUUUUAAUUACAAGCCAAUUAUA